AUGGUAACGAACAGAAGUUUAGUCUUCCAGACUCAAUCAGAUCAUAAUCUCUCUUUCCAGGUCCGCAGUGUGUCGCAGGAGGUUUUGUACACUCAUAAUGAGAACAUCUCUCUGGACAUGUCUCUGUCUCAUCUGCUGGUGGAGUGGGGUCAGUGGAUCGAUCAUGACCUGACCUUGACCCCUCAGAGCCCCAGCACCGCGGCCUUUAAGACCGGAGCGGACUGCACACGCACCUGCAGCAGAGACACGCCAUGUUUCCCGAUACAGAUCCCUCUGUCUGACCCUCGCACUGGGACUCAAAGCUGCAUGCCGUUUUUCCGCUCUGCUCCCAGCUGUACGGUUUCACUCGGUCACCGGGAGCAGCUGAACGCCAUCACGGCAUUCGUGGACGCCAAUAUGGUGUACGGGAGCUCGGAUGGGCUGGCUGCCACCCUGCGAAACCUCUCGUCCCCUCUCGGCCUGCUCGCCGUCAACCAGUUCCACUCAGACCAAGGGCUCGGCUUCAUGCCCUUCCUGACCCGCACGCAGCUGAACCUGGAUCCCUGCGGCCCACGAGAGCGGAUCGACCCCAUCCCGCUACCAGAGACAGUGCAAAGACUCAACACAUCCUUGGGGAAUAGAUCGUUCUGUUUCCAAAUCUUGACAUGGGAUCACUACUUGCCCCGCGUCCUGGGACGCAGUGCUAACCUGGCCCUCAUGCCCCCGUACAAAGGUUACGACACCGCCGCUGACCCCAGCAUCUCCAACAUUUUCUCCACCGCUGCCUUUCGGUUUGCACAUGUGACCGUGCAUCCGGUGGUGAACCGCCUCGGACCCGAUUACCGGUUGAGCCCUGAGCACCCGGCUCUGCCGUUACACCACUCUUUGUUUGCAUCCUGGAGGGUCGUGCAAGAGGGUGGCAUCGAUCCUGUGCUGCGUGGUUUGCUGUUGUCCCCGGCUAAACUGCAGACAGCAGAUCAGAUGAUGGUGGAGGAACUGACCGAGAGGCUCUUCCAGGCUCAGGGAGGGCUGCCGCUGGACCUGGCCGCGUUAAACCUGCAGAGGGGACGAGACCAUGGCCUACAAGGUUACAGUGCGUGGCGGGAGCUCUGCGGUCUCUUUGCACCUGCGAAUGAGUCUGAUUUAGCAGGCAUUCUGGGAAAUGUAGUUCUGGCCAGGAAGCUGCUGCAUCUCUAUGGAACAGCUAAGAACAUAGACGUGUGGGUCGGGGCCAUUUCAGAGCCGGCUCUGCCUGGGGGCCGCGUGGGGCCCCUGCUGGCCUGCCUGAUCGCCAAACAGUUCAAAGCGCUCCGAGACGGUGACAGGUUCUGGUGGCAGAAUGAAGGUGUGUUCAGCUCGGUUCAGAGAGACGCUCUGCGCACCACAUCUCUGUCCCGCAUCAUCUGUGACAACACUCACAUCCGGCUGGUGCCCUUUGACCCCUUUGCGCACACACUCCACCCCGACGACCUGCUACCCUGCACACGCAUCGGAUACAUGAACCUCUCAGCGUGGAGAGAGACAGACACCGACCCGGUGUGUGGCGCGGUCCCGCGGUUG